AUGUCCUUUGAGUGCCAGCAGUGCGGCAAGCGUUUUAGCAAGGCAGGAGACCUAAGGAAGCAUGAAAGAGUCCAUACUGGGGAAAAGCCUUUUGAAUGUAAACAGUGUGGCAAGUGUUUUAGUCUAGCAGGAAACCUAAGGAGUCAUGAAAGAGUUCACACUGGAGAAAAGCCUUUUGAAUGUAAACACUGUGGCAAGUGUUUUAGUCUAGCAGGAAACCUAAGGAGUCAUGAAAGAGUUCACACUGGGGAAAAGCCUUUUGAAUGUAAAGAGUGUGGCAAGUGCUUUAGCGAAGCCGGACACUUAAGUCGUCAUAAGAGAGUCCACACUAGGGAAAAACCUUUUGAAUGUAAACAGUGUGGCAAGUGUUUUAGAGAGACUGGAAGCCUAAGGAGUCAUGAAAGAGUUCACAAUGGGAAAAAGCCUUAUGAAUGUAAACAGUGUGGCAAGUGCUUUAGCACAGCAACACAACUAAGGAGUCAUGAAAGAGUUCACACUGGGGAGAAGCCUUUUGAAUGUAAACAGUGUGGCAGGUGCUUUAGUCUAGCAGGAAACCUAAGGAGUCAUGAAAGACUUCACACUGGGGAAAAGCCGUUUGAAUGUAAACGGUGUGGCAAGUGUUUUAGUGGAGCAGUAAACCUAAGGAGUCAUGAAAGGGUUCACACUGGGGAAAAGCCCUUUGAAUGUAAGCAGUGUGGCAAGUGUUUUAGUCAUUCGGGAAACCUAAGGAGUCAUGAAAGAGUUCACACUGGGGAAAAGCCUUUUGAAUGUAAACAGUGUGGCAAGUGCUUUAGCGGAGCAAGACUCUUAAGUCGUCAUGAAAGAGUUCACACUGGGGAAAAGCCUUUUGAAUGUAAAGAGUGUGGCAAGUGCUUUAGCGAAGCAGGACACUUAAGUCGUCAUAAGAGAGUUCAUACUGGGGAAAAGCCUUACGAAUGUAAACAGUGUGGGAAGUGUUUUAGUAUAGCAGGAAACCUAAGGAGGCAUGAAAAAGUUCACACUGGGAAAGAGCCUUAUGAAUGUAAACAGUGUGGCAAGUGUUUUAGUCAAGCAGGAAACCUAAUGAGACAUAAAAGAGUUCACACCAGGGAAAAGCCUCAUGAAUGUAACCAAGCAGCAGGGCUGCAAAUAACGGCCGGUCAACGGACAAUGUCCGGCCUGAUCGCGGACUUGACCGGUCAAACUCCGGUCUUGCCGGUCAUUUUGACCGGUCAUUUUUGGAUACAAACACUUUAUUUUCCAUACAGUUGUCGCUUAAUGCUCUAUAACGCUGCAAUGAUUUCUUUUUUCUUUGGCGUUUUUUGCUGCUUUGCACUAAACCCUUCUAAGAAAAAGAACGCCGCAAUAAAUUAAUUUCAUGUCGUCAUGUCGUAAUCUAACGCAACAAAGUGAAUAACAAACUGAGUUGGAAAGUAACGCAACGUUGCAAGUCGUACUGUACUUUCGGCUUGGCUGUAAUCAGCAAUGUGACCUUCUUUGGGAAUUCGAAGGAAUUCAGGCAAAUCGAUCGCAAUUCUCAACAGGUUGUCCUGUGUUUCUCCGGGAAUAAAUGUUAGCGCAUCGAUUAAUAAUAAUUUCGUUUAUGUCGAACAUGAAUCUCGUUUGCAGACUCGAUUCCAGAAUGGUCUGAUAAAAAUUUAAGCUACUCAAGAGGGAAGGUCGUCGUCUAUCGCGACGCUAGAUUCUCGUUCUUGUAAACAACUUUAUGCAAAUUUCUGUUGACAUUUGAGCCCUUCGCGAUAAAAUGUUGCGCGAUGACCCAAAUUUAUUUAUUGACUUCUGAUCAUCAACACGCUGUUUGUGGAACAAACUUCUCGCCAAUGCAACUCAACUUCUUUGCCGAAAAUAUCAGCGACGAUUCUUCUCUGAGAAAGUGACUUUCGAUCACGUGCCAGGCAAGGAAAAAGAUCAAGUUUCACCGAUGUUCAUUUCGGAACAUCAACGUAAAACAAGCGUGUGCAGAUUUUGUAAAAUGACCUAAUUUUUUUGUUUUUUGUUUUCGUAAUUUCUAAAGUUUUCUGAACUGUAUGUGUAUUCCGUUUCCUGAACCUUGGGAGUUUGAAAAGGAUUUACAUAAUAUAUACGCUUCACUUUUUACCUCUAGAGACUCCAGACACCGUCGUGCAAUGAUACUCAAGGUAGAACGUAACAAUAAAACGCGCGAAAACCGCGGAAAGGAACUCUACAACGUGCGAAUGCAUUUUUCACCAAUUUGCUGUCAAAAAUGUGAACGUCAAUGUGGUAAUAACGAUCUAUUGCAAACAUAAUUGGAUAUUCCUUAGGCAAAAAAAAAUUAGUAGUAUUCAUUAUUUGACCGGCCAGAAUCGGGGUUUGUCCGGGCUAAAAAAUAUUUGGCCGGUCAUCAUGACCGGCAACCAGCUGUCCGUCAUUUGCAGCCCUGAGCAGGAGUCCUAAGGAUUCAUAAACGAGUUCACACUAGUGAGAAACCUUACAGAUGUAAACAGUGUGGAAAGCGCUUUAGCCGAUCAUGGGACCUGAGGACACAUAAACGAGUUCAUACUGGUGAGAAACCUUACAAUUGUAAACACUGUGGCAAGUGUUUAAAUCAAGGAAUUAACCUGACGAAGCAUGAAAGAAUCCACACUCUAUUAAGGUCGCCUAAAUUUUCCCAGAAAAACGAAAUUCUGUGUAAACGUUUGGAAUCAUAUAAGCUGAGGAGAGCAGAGGGUAAAAACGUUGCUGUUAGGGCCACAGACUUUACAAACAACUUGGCAACACACAGAGAGACUGGAAACAGUGAUGUAGGAGACCCAAAAUCAGUCAUCGUCAUUGAGAAACACAGCUGUUGGAUUUGUCAAGAGGAGAUGAGUAGUGAAGCUCUUCUUCUUCAACAUUAUGAACAUCAUAUGACCUAUGUUUGUGAAGAUGAUUCUUAA